AUGCCUCUUCUUCGAAAUAUCCAAAACAGGCGACCUGCCCGAAAACACAUCAACCCCCACCGCAUCCUCUUCACAAGUCUACUUCUUCCCGCACUUGCGCUAGCCGAUGACGAGCCUACCUCCUCAACAAGCCAAAUCACAGAACCUUUCGUCGACCAAGUGACGGGGCUCACCAUGGAACGAUUCUUUGGUUCCAAGACCUCAUUCACUUUUGCAUUCGCACUACCAGACGCCAACACCGCCACAAACACUACAGCGGGUUCUUUUAUCGGCCGGCUACAAUUUCCUCUCGCCAAUGGUGAAGGAUGGGGUGCAGCUGGACUGACAGGAGAUAUGGAAGGAAACUUUAUCUUGGCGGCGUGGCCUGAUGGAAAAGGAGGAGUCAUGUCAUCUUUCCGACAAGCUAUAGACGAAGAUAACCCAGCUGUGGUCAAGGGAGACUUCAAGGUCAGGCCCAUACCUGAUGGAACAUCAGUCAAUGCAACUUCGUUGCUUUACACAUUUCUUUGCGAGAACUGCCUCGACAGCACACUAGGUCUAGGACCCGAAGCCGCCUCUGGAAAUGCGGUUAUGGGAUGGGCGCUAUCGGAGAGACCACCAAGAGGAGAUGCCUCGGAUCCUGCCGCUUUUCUAGGGUUUCAUGAGAAGGGCUUUGGACCUUUCACUGCCCGACUCGCUCAAGCCAAGAGUACUGGGUUUGAUGCCGUUGCUGCAAAGGCGCUAGACCCUGUAGGGAUCUCACCAAAGGCUGUUGCAACAGUCCCCAAUGCGUUCCAGGAUGGAGGUAGUGGUGAUGAGGAUAGUGGUGACGAAGCAGGCGAUGUUGAUAAUGACUCAGGGGACGAGUCAGAUGACGAUGAUUAG